AUGGGGGGGAAAAGGAUUCCAACAUCGGCUGAACAGCCACCUGCCACCGCCUUGCCGCCAGCAUACUGUACUCGUUACUCGAGUACUCGAGUAACUUGCUGCAUCCUUCCUGCAGAUGAAUCACCGGGAUCACUCGGUUCGCAAUUUCUCUCCUCACCCCUCGGAUUCUUAUCGCGCCGGCCAACUUGACACAAGUUACCUCGUCAUUCCUGCCUCCACACAGUGCUCGUAUCGUAUGACACGGGUGUAUCAUACGAGGCCUACCUUACAUUACGGUGCGAGUACAGUAUUGCAUGGCGGGUUCUGGUGGCUGCAAGAGCAAAUUGAGACCGACCAAGCAAAGCUGAAAGCCACACACCUUUUCCUUCCAAAAGUACUAUAUAAGAAAAAAGAAAGAAAGCGACAUCACACCGAUUGUCCCACUCAA